GGGAGUCUGCAAAUGUCUUGCUUAGUAAUCUUUAAUUUAAAAUUUGGUUUGCUUUUCAUAUUUUUAUGAAGACUUUAUCAAAAAGCCUCUUCUUCUGUGUCCCAAAUAAAGCAAAAGAAAUUUAUUCUGUCACCAAAGUCCCACAACUUGAAAAGUGACUACAGGCUUCGGAGGCGUGCUGCUCAAAGCGUCCGUCAAGGAUCCGCGGCAUCAGUCAUCACGCUUUCGAGAAACGCAGAAUCUCAGUCCCACCCCAGCCUUCCCGACUCAGAGCUAGGCUUCUUAUCGAGAUCUCCCGGGGACUGUGCAUGCCUUCCAGGGCACUAAACUGAGAUUCACCCACGCCCUUAUCCGGAGCAGCGCAUUAGUGUCUCGCGGGCCCCUGGGCAAACAUUGCAGCCGUCCUUUUGUGGAAGAAAUCGCCUCUGGAAAAGGGCGGGAAGCAGUUUGGGUACUAGAUGGGUAAUGCUUGGUCGUGCAGUCGAGAGUAUAAUGGGAGAGUGAACUCCUUUGAUAGUUUUCUACCUUUUGGUGAACCCUGCAAAUUUUCAUGCUUUUGUGUUUCACAGAAAGCAGCUGUAUUCUUUUACCUAGAAAACAGCUUGAUAAACUGGGAUCUGGAUUUCCUUUAGUGAGCACCCGCUAGGGCUUUACUUUUGCACUCAGCUCUGUGCAGACUGCUUGGAGUAUUCAAGUAGGGACAGCGGCUGGUGACUGUCACGCCACAGAUCCCGUCCAAUGGGGAACAGACACGAGGAACAGGAACUGCAAGGACUGCUAGGCCUGCUACAGCACGUGGCAGGCCUGGCGGGCUUCUUCGAGCUAAUCCAAGUCUGGACUCGGCCCAGCUCGGUAACCUCCUGGCCCAGCCUGCACCGCGGCAGCGGAGGCGACAGGCGCAGGGUGGUUGCGGUGCUCCGGCGCUCUGAUCUGGAGGCAUCUCCAGCAGAUCCAGUGAAGCAGUACCCAGCACCCCGGGACCAGGAACUGCCUGACUGUGGUCAGAGCUAGAGGGCAAGGCGUACUGUUGAGUGUGUGGGUGGAAUCCCCGCAUCUGUCAGGGGGGCCCUAAGCAGCAGGCACCUCCAGUACACACAGCAGAGUUCUCGGACUUUGAGGAGGAACCCACAGCAAGAGGAGGCUGUGGAAACCUGGGACGAUUCUGCCUUCAUACUUGGCCUUGGCUCAGGAUUUUUUGAAUCCUGGUCCAACACUGUGAGCUGAUUCCUGCCCCCAGUGAUAGAUCGGUCCAUAGAAAGUGGGAGCGAUGGCCUUGUCACUGUUGGAGGAUUGGUGCAAGGGGAUGGACCUGGACUCCAGGAAGGCCCUGCUGAUCGUGGGGAUCCCUGUGGAGUGUAGUGAGGCUGAAAUUAAGGAGACCUUGAAGGCAGGCUUACAGCCCUUGUGCAACUACAGGGUGCUGGGCAGAAUGUUCAGAAGGGAAGACAAUGCUAAGUCAGUUUUCAUUGAAUUAGCUGACACCAUCAAUUAUGCUAUGAUGCCCAGUCAGAUACUAGGAAAGGGAGGUACCUGGGAAGUGGUGGUGAAACCCCGUAGCCCGGAUGAUGAAUUUCUCCAUAGACUGAACUACUUCCUGAAAGACGAGGGCCGGAGAAUGGUCGAUGUGGUCAAGACCCUGGGGUACACCACCCCCACCGAGGGCAUAGAGCCAGAGGGCUUGGCUCAAGUCAAGCUACCCGUUUGGCAGCCUGUGACAGAAAGCAUGUGGUACCGGAAACUGAAAGUAUUUUCAGGAAGCACUAGCCCCAGCCCGGGCGAAGAGAACUUUGAAGCCUGGCUGGAGCAGGUCACUGAGAUGAUGCAGAUGUGGCAAGUGUCUGAGGCAGAGAAGAGGCGCCGUUUGGUGGAGAGCUUGCGCGGCUCUGCCCUGUCCGUCAUGCGGGUGCUCCAGGCCAAUGAUGACGCCAUGACUGUGGAGCAGUGCCUGGACGCCCUGAAGCAGAUCUUCGGGAAUAAAGAGGACUAUAGAACCUCACAGUUUAAGUUCCUCCAGACCCUUCAGAAGUCUGGGGAGAAAAUCUCGGGGUUUUUGCUGCGCUUAGAGCCCCUGCUGCAGAGAGCCGUGCGGCACAGCCCCUUGUCAGUGAGAAGCACAGACAUGAUUCGCCUGAAACACAUCCUGGCUCGGGCCUCCAUGACUGCUGCCCUCCGGGGCAAGCUAGAGCUCCUGGAUCAGCGAGGGUGCGCUCCCACCUUCCUGGAGUUAAUGAAGCUCAUUCGGGAUGAAGAGGAGUGGGAGACCACCAUGGCUGUGACCAAGGAGGGGCAGAAGCAAGUAGGAAGGGGCCGCGAGGCCCCGGGCAGGCACGUAGUGGCUGAGGCCACUGUCCCAACACCUCAGGUCAUCCUACAGGCAGGGCCAUUUAGUGAGAAGAGCACUCAGACCAUCCAGAAAGGGGCUGUCCCGGCACUGAAGCGCAGGCGACUGUCCUGCUGCUACAGUACCGGGGAGGAAGGCCCCAGCCAGGGAGCGUGUCCUCAGGCCAAGAACCAACCUUCGCCAAAGCAGAGUCCUCAGCUUGCAGCAGAAGAGUCGGGAAACGGGACAGGGGCUGGGGCUAUGAGCCAUCCCGAGCCCUAGGAAGCUUAGGCUCAACAGAUCCAGGCAUCCUCUCCCCUUGCAGGCAAUGGAAAAUUUUUAAUGAGGGAAAGGGGCAGUGCACAAAAAUAGCAAGGGGCUUGAGUGGGGAAGAGGGGCAGGGCAGCCAGGCCCAGGCCGAGCCCCGUCUGCCUCCACCAGCCGGAAAGGACUCCAUCCAAGCCAAAACCAGCUCAGGAAGGUACUGGCGAUGCAAACAGAGGGCCGCCACAUCCAGCACACAGGCUGCCCAAGCCUCAGACAGAGACCCCAGUGCAGCAGAGGCUGAAGAGGGUGCGGCCAAGGGCUCUGGCCUCGGCCCCAUCUUCUGGCCACCCCCAAACACCCACCCCGUGGGCUCUCAGCUGAUGAUGCUGACAGGCCCCCAGGCCACGCGGGGCCUAGAGGAGCCUUACCCGGGGCCAUCCCUGCCAGAAGGAGCCAGCACCGGUGAGGAAGAGCUGCGUGGCAGAGGGGCGAUGCCCCGGAGAGGGGUUCGUAGGGUCCAGCCCAUCUUCAGGAUCAUCUACACUGCUCCAGGGGAGCCCCAGGAAGGCAGCACCCUGGAGCCUCUGCGCCAGUGAGGGCAGGAGACCCAGCGGCCCCGGGGACCUAGCACCAGCCUACAGGCAGUCUCCUCCCCCUGCCCCCAAGAAGGGUUGUGGGGGCAAGGAGCACCAAGACUGUAAGGAGAAGAUGCGCAGACAAGAGCUGCAGCUCAGCUUGGCAGGCAGGGCUCCUGGGUACCUGGUGGGCCAGUACCCCACAACAGGCUUUGGUGUGAGUGGGUGUGCAGGGAAACUUGUUCCAAAGCAGCAGGAGGAGGAGGAGAGGAGGAAGGGGAGGAGGAGACAGGCGGAAGUGAGGGUGGAGAAGGAGGAGGAGGUAGUGGUGGAGAAGCAGGAGGGUGGAGGAUUCGUUGGUGGGAGGGAGGGGUGUUUCAUUCUUGUGUUUGUGUAUGGCCACUGGAGACGUGCAGAGAACAGGCAAGGCGACCUGGGACUGACCUGGCCAACCACAGCUCACCAGCUGCCAAUGCCAAGGCCACCGCCAGACCCUGUCAACUC